AUGGCCACCACCCAGGCAGAGUUGGAGCAAGCGCUCAACCGUGCGCUUUUGGAGAAGAACAUGCUCCAGACCAAGCUGGAGCAAGUAAGCCGGGUGGUGCAGCGGUUUGAUGAGCAGGCGUCGAGGGCGGUGCGGCUGCGGGCAGAGGAUCAGGCCAUCAUUGUCGCGUUGCGGGAGGAGAUAGCGCAGCUGAAGGCCCAGGCAACGGCAGGAAGGGUGAUGCAGGAGGCGGGGCGGCAUCGGGAGAGUCUGGCUGUUCAGGUCUCCCGUAUCAGCACGCUCAUCGGGUGUGAGACAGAAAAGCCGCGGGCAUUGCUCGAGGCCCGCUUGGCCGAGGCCGAGGCCAAGCUCUGUGCGCUGCAGACCAAGAACUCGCACAUGGUCCAUGUCAUCGCCAGGUAUCGCACCCAGUUUGAGGCGGAAGGCGUUGAAGCUCUUCGGGCCGAGCUCGAUGAUGCGCUUGAAACCAAUGUGUCGCUCCAGGAGCGCGUCGGCGUCCUUGUGGCCCACCGCGACGCGUCGACCGAGAUCAUUGCGCAGCUUCGCGAUGAAAAGGCGGCGUGGGAGGCCGAGCGUGCUGCAACAAGUGCCACCGCGGCCAACGCCGCCAGCGUCGCCCGCGAGCAGCAGCGUGUGGCCGAGCUCGAGGCCGCCAUCGCGGCCAAGGACAAGCGGGCUACCGUGCUCCAGCAGGAGAUCUUUAUCCAGCAGCAGCGGAUCCGGCAGUUGGAGAAGGCAGUCAAGGCGGCUGCCAAGGGCGGAGACUCGCAGAAUCUGAUUACCGAGCUCGAGGCCCAGCUUGCCAAUCUCCGCACCCAGAACGACGAUCUCCGCGCUGCCAACUUGGAGCUGGAAGCGCAGUUGCUCGAGGCGAGCCGGCCUGUGGUGGACGACGACAACGACGAUGACGACGACGAUGACGAUGACGACGAGCUCAACGCCAACAUCCGCGCCCUGCAGAGCAAGGUUGCCGAGGUCCUCGGCACCGCCACAUAAGCCAUGCGCGUCGCCAUCGGAUGCUCAGUGACGUAGCUUUCCGGACUCGCUUUACUGCAAGAAGCUACUACGUAGGGCGGCCGUGGCGUAAAACAAAGCGCACCGGC